UCGCUCGUCUCGUUGCAGUAUUUUCAGUGUUGUUUUUUUCGCGAUUCACCCGUGACAAAGUGGUCCGAACCGUGCAUUCCUGGAUGUUUUCUCCUCGCCGCAGGAGCGGCCGGUGUGAAUGGGACUCGUAGCCAUGCCUAGGCUACGCGAUUCACCGUCCAAGUGAAAAGGCCAAAUCGACCACAAACGCCAUGGCGUCAAUGCAGAAAUGGCGCUUCUCGGAUCAAAUGCAUGCAAGUAUCUAAUGGACGCUCCUUCGACGUCCAGUGCGGGGAGUCUGUUCCUAAAGAGGCUUCAGAAGGAGCUCCUCUCGAUGCAGAAAGAGCCGCCGCCGGGUGUGAACGUAGACAUGGACAACGUUGGAUCCAACCUAACGCAGUGGAUCGUCGACAUGGAAGGUGCCAAAGGCACGCUCUACGAAGGAGAGAAGUUCCAGCUGCUAUUCAAGUUUAGCUCCAAAUAUCCGUUCGACUCUCCAGAGGUGACCUUCCUGGGGCCCAACAUUCCGGUGCACCCUCACGUGUACAGCAAUGGCCACAUCUGCUUGUCCAUCUUGACGGACGACUGGUCGCCCGCCCUGUCCGUGCAGUCCGUCUGCCUCAGCAUCAUCUCCAUGCUCUCCAGCUGCAAGGAGAAGAAGCGACCACCCGACAACUCGCUCUAUGUAAAGACAUGCAACAAGAACCCCAAGAAGACCAAGUGGUGGUACCAUGACGACUCGGUCUGAUGCCAGGGUGCGCCUCCUAUCUCACCUCCGCCACUUCCUCUAGUCACGCUGCCCCGAUUGCUCGGUCGGUGCUGCCAUCUGCCAGUGGAAUAAAUUCACUCGUCCAGUACGUCCCCUCCCGGCUCGGCAGAAGCAGGCUCUGUCGGGAACCAAAAAAAAAAGGAAAGCCUAGCCUCUCUCCGCCUGCAACGGGUGACAACGGGUGGCGGCAGGGCUUCGACAAUGGCUGCUUCCAUGUGCUGCCUCGCUUGGGGCGGGCCCCGGGGCACCCUCGGCUGGGCCAUACCAGCUGCUACAGCACUGGACAAAUAAAACUGUAGUUUCAUUUUUUUAAAUUAUGUUCCCUGCAAUCUUAGGACCGUCUACUAGUGACUUGCCGAGACUAAGGACGACUUCACUGGGCGGAUGGCCCCGGGCAGCCGACGUGACCGCCAACAGUGAAUGAACGAAGCCUGUGCAGAUAAGAGAAAAAAAAAAUGUUAAAAAAGAAAGCCCGUUGGAAGGAGAAGUUUUAGUAGUGCCGCCAGUUGAGGACAAGUGUGUUUUUCUUCCCCUUUUAAACGUUGUUGUGCUAUGUAUGGCGUCUAGGAAUAAAGACCAUGCCAAUUUUA